AAAUGCUAAAGGGUUAAAUGCUGGAUAAAAUGCUGGAUUAAAUGCUAAAACAUCUGAUUCAAAUAAGUCAACGUCGAAUCAGCGAUGCCAUAUACGCGGCGCUAAAACAGCUUUGGCAAAACGUCUCAUAAUUCUCAUGGGUGGAGCAGUCAACGAAUUGUGUUGCUUGAUCCUCUGAGAGAUUAUGCCAAGCCAUGACUUACCAGCUAUGUCUGUGGCCCCUGAUGGUGGAUGGGGUUGGGUAGUGACAUUUUCUUCCUUCAUGAUCAGUGUUCUGGUGGAUGGAAUAUGUCUUAGCGUUGGAGUCUUCCUUAAUGACUUAAUCAUUGAGUUUGGAGGCACCAAUUCAGAGACGUCUUGGGUUAUGUCCGUCCUGAAUGGAAGUUACUUGGUCGUUGGACCAGUCGUCAGCAGCUGUGCAAACAAAUUUGGAUGCCGUGCUACAACUAUUGCUGGAGCUGUCUUUUGUGCCAUAGCCAUAUUUUGCAGUGGAUACUCCAAUAGUCUGGCAGUCCUAAUUGUUAGCUUUGGCAUAUUUGGUGGAAUUGGUCUUGGAUUCAUGUACUUGCCUGCAAUUGUCAUGGUUGGUUACUAUUUUGAUAAAAGAAGAGCCUUAGCAACAGGCAUUGCAGUCUGUGGAUCUGGUAUUGGUAACUUUGUGUUUGCUCCUAUUGCUGAGCUCUUGUUGAAGGAAUAUGGCUGGCGAGGUUCAAUGAUGAUCACAUCAGCUCUCAUGCUAAAUGGAAUAAUAUUUGGAAGCUUCUACCGUCCAUUAAAACCUCCAAAGAACAAAGAUCUCCCUUCGAUUCCUUAUCAAGCUACUGACAAUGAAGUUAAAGAACCUAUUAUAAGACCAGAUGAUAAACACAAACAGUUGAACCUCCGAAUGAAAUUUAAAAGGAUACAUGACAUAGAACAAGAAAAUUACCAUGCAAGAAGACAUAGAUCAUUAGAUAUCACUGGCACUGGAAGAACUUUUCUUCCUGGUGUUCUUAAUGUUAGCAACAACAAAGAACAAUCUAAUAUUGCCCGAAUGGCUGCUAGCCAUGAUAUCUUGCCAACACAUUUAAAUUCAAAAACUCCAGUAAGACCUACAGUGUCACCAUUUUACCGUAAAGAUGUCCUGUACAGUGGCAGUCUCUUACGUCUCUCUGAAAAGAUGGAAUCACCAAAUAUGGAUGAAUUCAUAUCAAGCAUGGUUGUGAUUCCUUCAGAUGAAGAUGAUAAUAAAAAAAGUUGUAUGGAAAAGAUUGGAAAAGCUUUUAAGAAAUACAAGGAUUUGAAACCAACUUUUUUUCUGUAUAGUUUUGCAUGUUUUCUUCUUAUGCUAGGUUUCUUUAUUCCUUACACAUACUUACCAUCUGUGGGACUAAGGUUGAAUUUUUCCAGAAAUCAGUCUGCAUUACUCUUAUCCAUCAUUGGGAUAUCAAACACAGUCUUUCGCAUUAUCAUUGGAUGGGUUAGCGAUCAGAAAUGGUCAAACUGUUUCAUCAUUAAUUACACAUCUUUGCUAGUUUCUGGUAUUGCAACAGCAUUUGUACCUGUAUUUACCAAUUAUCCUCUUCUAGUUUCAUAUUGUGUUGUCUAUGGCAUCUGUAUUGCUGCUUUUAUUUCUCUUCGUUCGAUAAUAAUGGUUGAACUUUUGGGAGUUGAAAAUUUAACACUUGCAUUUGGCUUAAUUAUAAUGGCUCAAGGCAUAUCAUCAUUUUUUGGAAGCCCUAUAGCAGGUUGGUUAUCAGAUAUGACAGGAAAUUUUGAUGCAGCCUUUUAUAUGGGUGGAGCAGCAUUAGCUGUUUCUGGAAUUAUUUGUGUUCCCUUGGAAAGGGUUUCAAAAUGGGAGAGAAAACGAGAAGCUUUAAAAUCCAAAACAAUUGUGGAAGUCAAGGAACUGCAACCAAUGAUUAAUAAUUCAUUGAAUAUGCAAUAAUUUUCACCAGCAGUGACCUACUUUAUAUGAACAUAUAAAGGCACAGUGUUGUAAUUGUUUUGUAAACCAAUUGUUUUGUUCUCACGUUUAUUUUUUUUUAAUACAUCUUUUUUUAAAUUUAAAUAAUAAAACAAAGUUGGCAUGGUACAUAUUUAAUUCCAUACAACCUGUAAUUUCAGAAAACCAACCUGCAAAGCUACUAGAAUUGAUUUAAAGCAUUUGAAACAUCAAGGAAGAAAAUCUACAUUCAUAACAAUUCAUUGUCCCAUCCAUUUUCAUAUUUGUUGUGAACAUAGUUACAUAAACAAACAUAUUAACAUUGUCAAGCAUGGCUCAUAUUUAGUGAAAUUAUUGUUGAUGUUAUAUCAUAAAAAAUCUCAACUUUAUUUUGCUGGGUAUGAUGGAAAGUGUCAGAUGUCCAUAGCCAGCAGACUAAGGUGACACUUGUUUACUGAUCAUGCGUCAAAAAACCAGUGGAGGACUCUUGCAGUUCCAAGCAAUGAUUAGUUUUUGUGGGUGCUCUAUGUUUACAUUCAUUCCAAUCUUUUUGAGUUCUGUUGGUCAUUGAAUGCUGGUACUUCCAUGUGCACUAAUCACAAAUCGUAUCACAUCCAUUUUCUUUAUUGCCCACAACCUGCGUAUUUCCCACCUCAAUUCAUCAUAGUUGUUCACUUUUUCUCUUUCCCUUCAAUCCUGCUGUCAUCAGGACAUGCUAUGUUGGUUAUCAGGCAUGUUUUUUUCUUUUCUGUUCACAACAAUUUCAGGUUUUCAGUGUCUAAUCUGAUGGUCACAUUGAAUCAUUGCAUCCCAUAAGAUUUUGCAAUCCUCAUUUUCAGUAACUCCUUCUGGGAUUUGGUCAUGCCAUGUUUUUGAGCUUUCUGGGUCAUAAUUUUCACAAAGCUCCUAAUGGAUCAUUUUUGUCACAUUACCAUGUCACCUUUUGUAUUCAUGCUGUUACCAAUUUCAGGCAUUCACUAACAAUGUGCCACACUGUUUCACUCCUCUCACCACACUUUCUGCGUUUGUCACUCUCAGUUGUUUUGUCAAUUCUGCACUGCAUAUGAUUUGUCCUCAAUGCUUGUUCUUGUGCUGCACUUGUGAGUGCAUCUAUUUCUAUCUUCAAGUCACUCUUCUGCAUCCAUAACCACCAGCCCUUCUGUAUCUGUCUUUGCAAACUUACUGUACUUUUUUCUUUUCCAUGCUUUUCUCCUCUUCAAAUUUCUUUUGAUGAUGCCAGACUUCUUCUCAUGCAUCAACAAUGAUUCCACAGCAUUUUUUACAUACCAGCCUGUUCAAACCUCUCUCAGCCUUUCUUCUGGACAGUUACAUCUGAUCAGUGUCACUCUUGGGGUGAAAUACUCUGUACAAUGUGAAUAAUUUCUGUGUCUUUGUACCCAUAGUCAUCAAUUCAUUCUUUUGUCAGUUUACGAUUCCUGCUCCGUACCAAAGUGAUGCUAUCACCCAUGUAUUUACUGUUUGGAAUUUAUUCCAUCCAGUCAAUUUUGAGUGCAACAUUAAUUGUAGUCUUCAGAGACACUCUUUCAUUUCCUUCCCUGUGAUUUCAUUGAACUCAAGUAUGCCAAGGUACUUAUAGGCUUCCUUUUCAAUUUGUUUCAUUACUUUCCUAUUUGAUAAUUCUAUCUCUGUCAGGAACUGCACCUUGCUUCUUUUCAGACUCAUUUACACCAUGCUUCUUGAGUUCAGAUUCCAUCCAAACAUCAGUACUAAAACAAUGGACAGUGUUCACCAAGGAAUUCACUUGUACCUCAUCUUCAAAUCAUCCAUUAAGAGAUGAUUGAUUCUUUGUGUUUUUCCCUUGAUUAUUAUUAGUUGUUGUUGUUAUUUACUUUUAAUCUGCAAGUUUGUUGCAAUCACUUGCCGAGACACACCCAGCACCCUAGGGCAAGUGAAGGACAAGAGAUCUAACAGUAUAACUGAAAGUUGGGGAAGUGAAAUGGCUGGGGAAUAUUAUUAUUGUUAUUGUUGUUUCAUCAUAAUCGUUUAAUGUCUGCUUUCCAUGCUAGCAUGGGUUGGACGACUGGCAAGCCAGAAGGCUGCACCAGGCUCCAAUCUGAUGUGGCAGAGUUUCUACAGCUGGAUGCCCUUCCUAACGCCAACCACUCCGAGAGUGUAGCGAGUGCUUUUAUGUGACACCGGCACGAAGGCCAGUCACACGGUACUGGCAACGGCCACGCUCAAAAAGGUUUUUUUACGUGCCACCUGCACAGGAGCCAGUCUAGCGGCACUGGCAACGACCUCGCUCGAAUAAUUUUGUAAUGUGCCACCAGCACAAGUGCUAGAAGCCAACGCUGGUAACGAUUACGCUAAAAUGGUGCUAUUUACGGGCCACUAGCACGGAAGCCAGACAGCUGCUCUGGCAAUGAACACGCUCGACAGUGCUGUUAGUGCUCCACUGACGCAGUGACCAAGCAUCGAGUAUGGUUCUAUUACGAUUUCACUUGCACCAACAGGUCUUCGCAAGCAGAGUUUAGUGUCCAAUGAAGGAGAGGUUGGCAUGGAUGCCAGUCGUCGGAUUCGGUUCGAUUUCAAUGUUUAACUGUGGUACUGGUUUCAGUCAUUGGACUGUGGCCAUGCAGGGGCAGAGACACUAUCUUCAAGAGUUUUAGCCGAUCAUAUCAAUGCCAGUACUUAUUUCAUUUUCAUAUUUGUUUUUGUUUUGAGUGACUUAUCUUUAUGACACAACAUUGCUUUUUAAACUGAUCAACAUUAAUACAAUGAGACAAAUACAAACUUCUGCACAGUUUCCAUCUAUCAAGUUCUGCUCACAAGAUGUUGGUCAAACAGAGAAACAAUAAUAGAAGCCACUUGACUCAGGUGCUAUGAGUGAAAUCAAACCUAAGACUAUGUAGUUACACAGCAAAAUUCUUAACUUGCACAAUCACUGUCACUAAUAUUAAUGUGUUGGUUUUCUUUUUGUUUUUAUUAUUAUUAAUAAAGAGUCUGUUCUCCAUUACAAAUUUUCACCUGUCAUGUAACUGAAUCAAGUACAUAAACAUUUGGAAUGUGUAUUUAUAAUUAAUUUUGGUUGUAAGAAUGUGUUGGAAUUACAGGUGGGUCAGCAGCAGAAAACCUUACUGAAGCUGAUAGCUGUAUAAAUUAAAUGAAUGAAUAAAGAAAUACCAUUAAAAAAAAA